AUGGACCAGCAUUCACCACCUCGGGGUUUCACCAACCCAAUCCUCCCGGGUUGGAAUCCAGACCCCAGCUGCAUUUUUGUCCCAGAGUGGGACAACACCUUCUUUUGCGUGACUUCAUCCUUCAUGAUAUUCCCUGGCCUUCCUCUAUACUCAAGCAAGGACCUUGUCAAUUGGAAGCUCGGUUGCAACAUCCUGAACCGCCGUCGACAGGUUCCUGAGCUUGGUCUCCACGAGGCACAGGACAACGGCAUAUUCGCUCCCACCAUACGCUACCAUGACAAGAGGUUCUAUGUGAUUGUCGAAUACGUCACAAUCGGAGAUGCUGAAGCUUCUUUUGGCCUUGUCUUUUCCUCGUCAGACCCAUUCGACCCAGAUUCUUGGACUGAUCCCCUCGUUUUUCGACAGCCUCAGUUAAUCCUCGACCCUGAUAUCUUCUGGGACGAUGAUGGCCGGGUUCUCGUCCAAGCGGCAUCAUUUCGUCAAGAAAUCGUCCAGUUCGAAAUAGACCUCGGCACCGGAGCAACAGGACCUGAAAAGACCCUCUGGAAAGGUACUGGAGGGAUAGCGCCAGAAGGUCCGCACCUGUACAAGAAAGACGGCUGGUAUUAUCUUCUCAUCGCCGAGGGCGGUACAGACCUGCCUCACUGCGUCACCAUCGCUCGAUCGCGAAGCCCGAGUGGACCGUUUGAGGGUUUUGCAGACAACCCCAUACUCACGAACCGCAACACGAGCGAGUACUUCCAGACGAUUGGCCAUGCCGACUUUUUUCGGGACGGAGAUGGGAACUGGUGGGGGGUGGCAUUGGCAACACGUUCGGGACCUGAGUAUGUGAAUUACCCCAUGGGCCGAGAGACGGUCUUGUUCCCUGUGUCCUGGGCAGAGAAUGACUGGCCUCGACCGGAGCCAGUAAGAGGACGAAUGAAUACUUUGUACCUACCCAAGAGCGAUCCUGGAAUUAUUGGGUUCAGGCAAUUAGUCGACGAGGGAGACGAGCUGGACUUUUCCGUAGGCUCGAACCUCCCAUUGCACUUUGUCCACUGGCGAUUUCCCCCUGAAGGAUCCGUCACAAUCUCACCACCUGGUCACGUCAAAAGCCUUCGCCUUGUAUCCUCUCAGCAAUCCUUGGCAGGAAAAUUCAAGGACGGCCAAGGCUUGACGUUUGUAGGCCGUCGACAAACAUCAACCCUAUUCAACUUCAGCAUCGAGCUCCAGUCACCGCUUAUUCUCUACGAGAACGAAGAAGUGGGCGUGACCGUGUUCCUCACGGAGCUACAACACGCAAGCAUUGGUGUCACCUGGGCGAGAAGCGAACACUCUGUGCUGCGCCCUCAUCUUCGGUUCCGCCAGACCGGAUCAUGCUCCGACGACGACUUGACUCCUAUUCCAGAUAGCUCGUCUGGUCGAAUCAAACUCAGCAUCAAGACAGAGAACGCGCUCGAAUACGCCUUUUCAGUGAUAAUCUUGGACGAAAACAGCCAGGAUCGAGGCUUCUACAUGUCCAGAACCGCCCCGACUUCCACCACGAGCGGAGGCGCGGGGCGAUGGGGAGGCUCGCUUCUGGGAGUAUAUGCCACGACUAAUGGUGGCUUGGACAAGAGUGAGGUGCAUGUGAGCUGCUGGAUGUAUGAAAAUCUGGGACAAAUGAUUAGCAGCACAGAAGUGAUCCGUCCUUCUAGGGAUGGGUAG